AUGACAGAAACGCAAAUUAGCAAGAAGCGGAUCUUCUUGAAUAGCUACGACGGCCCGACGUACAGGUUAGUAUCCGCGAACCCGCCGCGCGAUUGCACGCCUGAUGAGAUCCCUAUCAUCGAUCUGGAAGGGAUGAAUGGGGACCUUGAUGCUCGCAAGAGCGUCGCUCGUGCCAUCUUACAUGCGGCGGAAACGAGCGGGUUCUUCUACAUAAAGAACCACGGCAUUCCGGAGCACGUCACAGACGCCGCUCAUAAGAAGGGCAUAGAGUUCUUCAAACUGCCAGAGGAGCAAAAGCGAAGGCUGGAGUCAAGUACCUCGGCCUACGGGUAUUGUGGCUUCCGGGAACGGCAGGCCAACCCGGCCGAGACCAAGGACAGGAAAGAGGCCUUCAUGUGCCACUACGAGCCCGAGUUUGACCCCCUUCACGAGGGCGUCCUCGAUCAAGUGCCCGCACACGUCAGGCAGCAUCUCCCCAAGGAAGACUUUGACUGGGUCGACGAGGGGAGCUCUGCUGUGCUCCCGGGGUUCAAGUCAUCAGUGCUAGCCCACUGGCGUGCGUGCCUGGCGCUUUCGCGCCGUCUGAUACGCAUCGUCGCCCUGGCCCUCGAACUCCCCGAGGACCACUUCGAUCCCUUGACAACUUACCCCGGCGGCGAUUUCGCGAUAAACUUUUACCCGGGCCACGGCGACCAGCCGGUCCAAGACCCGGACGAGGUCGGGGUCGGCGCGCAUACGGACCUGCAAAUCCUGACCCUUCUGUGGCAGGACGGGCAUAGGGGCCUGCAGGUGCUCAAUCGGGCGGGGGAAUGGGUGUGGGCGCCGCCCAUCAGCGGCACGUUUGUCGUCAACAUUGGCGACUUUUUCAUGCGAAUGACCAACGACAGGCUCAGCUCCACAGUCCAUCGGGUGAUCCAGCAUGGCAGAGAAGAUAGGAUCUCGAUGCCCUUCUUCUUCGGGUUCAAUUUUGACCAGAAACUUGGCGUUCUGCCAACUUGCAUUGACGAGAAUACCCCAGCCAAGUACAAACCUGUCACAUGCGGUGAGCUUAUUGCGAAGCGCCUAGCCCUGGCGGAAACCACUGUCUAG